CAGCCUUUCAAGAAAGCUGUAUGGUAUUAGGCCGAUCUAAGACGAUGCUAAAAUAAUUACCUGACCAAAAGCAAGAACGUUGGGGUUAGCAAGAAGCUUAAAAUUAUUAAGCUCUAUGAAUAUAGUACUAAGGGAACACUCCUAGUUCCUAUUCGAAAGAAUGGAAGAAGAAAUCACAAAAUUACAGUGAUUGACCCUUCUACCAAGAUUAAUAGUACCUUUGUUCCUAGUCAAGAAGUUCAUCAAAUGAGGAGGCGUGUGAAAGACCAAGAGACUAGUCCAAAGGCAAUGCUACCUAAUGUUUCAAACUUUCUAUUUCCAAAUGCUCCAAGUUCACAAGAACUGGAGGAAAUGUAUGGAAAGAAGAACCCGAAGCAACGAAGGAGCACUUACUUAGACUAUAGGAGAAGCUCUGAGCUGCCAGAUCAGAUUCCAACUUAUUUCAAGCAUGAUGGAAGGAGGGCAUCAAAGAAGUUUCGAGAGAUAGGAAGGAUUUAUAAGCUCAAACAUAUAAGCAAGAUAAGAAUAUAG